UUGUGGUCCUUACUUACAAUAAAUGCUGUGGAAGGAUUAACUCGGAAUUUGGAUGUCUGUUAUCAUACAUUGGUACCGGUUAGCCUAAUUUACUAACUAUACAAGUAUCCUAGUAUAGCCUAAUAUAAUUAUUUUGACCUUUAUGUCCUUUUGACUCGUUAUCCGAUCCUUUAAAAUAAUGUUCCUAUAUAAUUAGCCUAUAUAAGAGACACGUAAAAAUAAUUUGUGUCUCCUUAAUACCUUAAUACCUUCAGCUUCAUCCAUUACCCAUUAUUUCUGUACUUCCUGGUUCACUAAUAAAGUUAGUGUAACGUGAUGAGAUGAUGAAACAUCCUUGCUCGUGGCGGGAAUCAAACCCACAAUCAGGCGCAGCGAAAGCAGACUGUGGGUGCUUCGUUUUGCAACGGAACUCCAUGAAACAUGAGUAGAAGGAACCAAUGCUCACUGCUCUGAUAAUACUAAUAUUCAACACUCAACACAGCGCCAAUUACCCGCUGUUGAGAUUUACGAAAUUCAACAUUCCCUAUGAGUUGGAUCAGUUACAUUGGUUACAUGUUCUCAAUUUUUUAGGCUUGAAUUCAGAAAACAUCUCAAUUAUCUGUCUGAUUGAAGAUGUCGACCCUGAGCCUCCCAGAUUUCCUGAGUGAGGAUGUGAUUUGUGAGGCAUUGGCAUGUGAUCGGCUCCUCUCAGUGAGGGUGGAUAGAGGUGCCUCAGUGGGUGAGCAUUACCUCAGCACACUUCUCAGACUCAAUGUGGACUAUUCUGAGGCAGAUGGAGCUCAGAAAACGACCAGCCUUAUAAUCAAAACGUUUCCGGAGGGUGUAAUGCACACUUUUAUCAAGGACUACUCGUUGAACGAGAAGGAGGUGAUUGCUUAUCAGAAGGUCUUGCCCUCCUUGGAAGAAUUGAUCGGAAUUAAAUUCAUGCCAAGAUCUCUGAAAUGCGACAGGACUGAUCUACUGAUUUUAGAAGACCUGAAACCACUGGGCUUCGAAAUGGUGGAUAGAAUCGCUAGAAUGGAUUUGAAUCACUGUAAGACAGCUUUGGUUGCUCUGGCCGAUUUUCAUGCCGCUUCUUAUCUCUUACAUAGAAAAAAUCCGAAUCUUUUCGAAGAAGUUUCCAGAGAAACGAUGUAUGUGAAUUCGAACAUAUUUCAGAAAUCGUUUAUCCUCAACAGUUUCAAGACGAUGAGUGAUGUUUUCGAGGAGUUCGAUGAAUUGAGAAAGUACAGUCCGAGGCUGAGGAAAGCCGCAGAGAGUGUAUGGGAUAAGGUGGUCGAGGAAGUGCAGUGCAAGGAGGGAGGAUUCUACGUUUUCAAUCAUGGAGAUUUUUGGACCAAUAACAUUCUCUUCAAGCAUGAUAAACAGGGCAGAAUAUUGGAAACCAGAUUUGUCGAUCUCCAGUUCUGCCAUUGGACAAGCCCCGCGUUCGAUCUGCAGAUGCUCUUCUAUACCAGCCUUCGAAGUGUGGCUGACAUUGCCAUCCUAACUGACAUUUAUCUCGAUCGUUUGAAUUCACGUCUGCCCACUCAAGUGCAAAUGACAAGGGAGAAAUUUGACAAAGAAUUGAGAAGAACCGACUGUUUUGGUUUGGUUGUGGCUGUCAGUCUCUUUCCGAUCUGUACCCUAGACUCGAAGAAAGCCCUGUCUUUCGAUAAUGUGACUACUGAAGACUAUGUCAAAGAUUUCCCCAAUGAGAAUCCUUAUGCUGAAUCCUGUCAACAGCUGUCAUUGAGGGAGAAUAUUCCUCAGUUCUUGGAUCAUUUGAUUGAAAUUGGUGCUCUAUGAAGUAUGCAUUUUAAACUUGAGAAAACUAUACUGUAUACACUACUAAAACUCUACUUGUUUCUUACCUGCUACUUGUUAAUACUCGCUUGUUCAUAGCGUCAUUACCAGAAAGUGUAGGCCUAGGAUACAGUAUAAACUAUAUCAAAGUCUAUAUAUUCAAAUGAUAUCAAAGUCAAACUAUAUCUUCCCAGUGAUGAAAAUUUUAAAUAUUACGAAUUCCGAAAAUAAUUCAUCAUAUUCAGAAUAGAGCUAUUUUAUUAUAAUUUAGUUGAUUGAUGGAGGUUUGUAUUCAUCCAUAAAUAAAUAAAAUAUUCUAUUCAUUCAUCUC